AUGUUGUCUGCAAUAGUACAAGGAAGCACUAAGACCAGAAAAAAGUCACAGAAGAGAACCCAGUUUUUUCUCCCUAGUGUGAAAAGUACCGUCAACGAAGUGGAAGUGUAUCUAUAUCGUUCAGUAUAUAAUUUUUUGUUACUCUCUGAGUUUUUUGCAUGCCUGCCUUAUGGCGUCCAUCGACAUUUACCGACCAGCAAGCUGAGCGAUCAUAUUUUAAAGUUACUCCACGUCACCUGGUGCACUGUCAUUUACGCCAUUCUCGUUGUGAACAUUUACAGCGAAUACACGCUAUCGAAUAUUGACUUGCCCACAGUGCAAAAGCCGCUAUACUUUGCUGAAUAUAUAGUUUAUUUGGGACAUGUACUCCAAAUUAUACUGGCCACUUAUUGGGCUCAUCACAAGUGCGCUCGCUUCUUGCGUACCAUAGCAGAAUUCGAUCACAAAUUAAUUUCCUUCGGCAAACAGCCGCAAUAUCAACAACUGAGGCGCUUCAUAAGAAGUCAUCUGGGUUUGAUAACGUUAUAUUUAAUUUCAACUCUUAUUGUCGACUACUUCUACAGCGAUUGUAAUAUUCUGAACUAUAUUCGCAGUGUAAUCGUUUAUUUGUUGCCGAAUCUCAUAAUAUGUUGCUCGCUCGUACAAUACUACACAUUACUGUAUGCCAUCACGCAACGUGCAAUUUGGCUUAACGAAAUACUGCACAGUGAGCUUACGCAAAAGAAGGAUCCAAGGGACUUACGUCAAAGGUUACAAAGCAUUCGAAUACUCUAUUCGGCACUACAAGUAUUUACAAAGGAGGUGAACAAUUCGUUUGCGCUCUCACUGGUGUUGGUAUAUAUUGGAUCCGUCACGAACUUGUCGGUGAAUGUUUUCUUGAUUUACAAAUACGUGGAUGAUACGAAUAACUCAACAUUUUCAUGGAUUAUGUAUUCGGUAAUUUGGACGGCCAUGCAUAUUUCCAAGAUGUUUCUUAUACUUUAUUACAACUAUGGUGUGCAGGGGCAGAAAAAACAAACAGCAAUAAUAAUGAAUGAAAUAGAACUGCAAAACUCGGAAAUGGAAGAAACUGUCACCCAAUUUACAUUGCAAUUAAUUAUAAAUACAAGAACUAAUAUUGUAUGUGGAGUUGCAGAAUUAAAUAUGAACUUUAUUACAUCAUUACUUGUCACCAUGUCCACCGUAUUCAUAUUUCUUCUGCAGUAUGAUAUCACCUAUGAGGCGAUUACACAAACACACAAAUCAGGAAGUCCAAAUCGGAUUUAG